GUUUUUGUUUUCGUGGUAAGCGGUCGCGUUGCUGGUUUGUCGUCGUCUAUAGUUAAUAAAAUAAAAUUAAUAACUAAUGCCACAUGCAAAAUAAUUAAGGAGGAUGUGCUAGUGUGUGUGUGUGUGUGUUAAAUUAAACAUCAGGAAAAUGUAUUGAAACGGAAGUCCGCAGCGCGGGCGGCUUGCAAAGUCAAGAAAAGGUGGAAAAAACGAAAAAGAGAGGAAAGAAAAAAAAAUUAAACAAGUUUGCGGGUGCGGCGUCGGCGUCGGCGGCGGCUGUUGAUGAAAAUUUGCGUAAAAAAAGAAAGCUGAUGCUCCAGCAGCACAAUUACAAAAUUAAAAAAAAAAUUAAAGUCGAGCAUGCAAUUUUUAGCUUGUAUACGUAUUGUACGUGUGUGCGUGAGUGUCUCUCUGCCUGUAAAUCCGUCUAUGUUUGUGUGAGUGUGUGUGUAUGAUGGUGGCAGAGAGUCAGAAAUUAAACGCCUGGCAAAUUAAAAGUUAAAAAAAAGUCAUAAACUGAGUGUUGGCUUACCCCCUCUAACUAACCAGGUGGGUAGCCAUUGUCCAACAACAGACGCAAAAGCAACACAUAAGGGAGAGGCGUCACCUUUGGCGUCACCGUCACCGUCAGCGUCAGCGUCGGCGUCGCGCAAUGACUGAAGAAUUGAAAGUGGUGCUGCGACGCAGCGAGCAGCAUUCCGGUUUUGGAUUUUCAUUACUUGGAACAACUGGACCGCCACAUGUCAUCUACGACAUAGUUGAGAAUUCGCCGGCAGCCGAUUGUGGAGCGGUGGAGGCAGGCGAUGUUAUCCUAAAAGUCAAUGGCACCGAUGUCCAUCGCCAUACAACGAAGGAAGUUCUUAAAUGCCUGCGCUUAUCGGAACAUCUGGUGACCUUGGAACUGAAACGAGAUCCCAAACUGAAGGCUCGCAUUAAAGAGCAAUUGGCAAACACACAGAGUCCGCAUUAUGUGGACAUUGAAUCUCCCAAUAUAUAUGAUUACAAUAGCAGCAACAAUAGCACCAACUCCUCGCCCAAUCAUCGAGUCCAGAGCAAGGGACAGCAACAACUGCGCUACAACAAGUCGCCCACGCACUUGCCAUCGUUGCGCCAGAUCCAGAAUUCAUCGCCGGCAGCCGGCAGUGGAUCUGCUUCGGGUACAACAACAACAACAACAGCUACCCACACACAACAUAGUCGCAAUUCCUCGGCCAGUUCUACAAAAAUACAAAUUGUGGAGACUUCCAUAAUAACAACAACCACAACAACAACAGCAGCAGCAGCGGCAGCAACAUCACCAACUCUUCCAGGGGAAGCAAUUUCGCCCACAUCAAGACCAUCGCGCAUUCCACAGGCACUAAAGAUCACUGCCAAUCCAAAGCCGGUGCCCGUUCUUCAUUCGCCACAACAUAAACGGCCACGUCCCUCGCAAAUACCCACAAAGGCAGCGAAUGGAAAUGCCCAGCAGCAGCAGACACACCAAAAUCAUCUACAGCAGCCACAGCAGCAUUCCAAUAGCUACAGCGGAAGUCCUGUGACCCGACAACAGCCAAACGAGCGAGAACGAGAGCCAGAACCAGAACCGGAACCUAACUCGGCGCCACCGCAGCCAGCGAAGGCGCCACGCUUUGAGGCUUAUAUGAUGACCGGUGAUCUGAUCUUAAACCUCUCUAGGACUCCACAGCCUAGUAAUCUUCUAAUGGCGCAAGCCAAAAAAGUGGACAGCUUGCGUGAUUCACCCAAUCGUAGCCUGGCCAAUUCACGUCUUAAUGGCGCCUUGGCUCCCCGUGCAUCUGGCGAAUCGUCGCCCACUUCCUCAUCGUCCGUGGAUUCGCCCACAAAUACGGGCAGCUCGGAUUCUGUAAAGCGUCAGGCCAAAUUCCAGCGUAACAAGCAACAGCCACUGCAGCAACAGCAGCAGCAACAACAACAGCAGCGUGAUAGUAUCAAUAAUAGCUACAAUCGCCGGGAUUCGCUGACCAACGAUACACUGCUUAUGUGCGAAGAACUAGAACGAGAUGAGGAUGAUGCCGAGGAGGGAGAAUACGUAGUGGAUCACCGACAACGUCCACAUCAGCUACAACAGCAGCAGCAACGAUUCCGCCAGCAGCAGCAUCAACAGCGAUACGAGUACUAUCAAAACGAGGACGAGUUGGAUGAGGUGGAAGAGCGCGAAGAGGAUCAAACCCACUAUGAUAUCACAAACAUUGAGACCUAUCAGAGUGGUAUGGGACGAGACGAUGAAGAUGAUAGCGAUCGGCAGUGUUUGGUCGACGAUGACUACGACGAUGAAUACGAUGAGGAGGAAGAAGAUAACGAUGCCGGUGACGAGGAAUACUCAACCAAUUCAUUGGGUUCGGGAUCUACAGCCAAGCAACGUUUGCGUGCCCUUAAACAACGUUCCCUCGCACGACAACAGCAACGCAAUCGAGAUGCUGUGGAUUGUGCAGCCUCUGGGUCCACUUCAUCCAACACAGUGAAAAGCGAUACGGGAUUGGGCGUGGGCUUAGGUGUAGGCGUUGUUAAUACCUCGCAGGAGGAAACCUCAUUCUCUGUGCCAACAUCCCCAAUUUCACUGUCCACGCCGUAUAUCAAUAAGGAGAUGGCCAAUUCAGUGCCCACCAGCCCAGAGCCCAGUUCGCUGAUGGCACCAGAGUCGAAUGGAGGAGCAGGUGUUGGUGUUGGUGUUGCUGGUACUGCUACUGGUAGCGGGACCGUGGUGGUUCGUCGCCAGAAUGGCCAUAUGGUGCGCAAAUGCGAUGCGGCUGGCUUCCGCACUAGCAAGUCCGAGGAUCAUCUGCAGCAGAUUCAGCGUGAAGGCAUUGCAGCUGUGAUACCCAUCGAUAUUGAUGAGGAUGUGAAUAGCUCGCUAAACACGCUUCUCGACACACGCCACGACUCCGAAGAUUCGCAGGCAUCGGCAUCCAAUCGGGAUCGUAUUGUUUGGACAUAUAAUGCUCCAUUACAACCGCAUCAGUUGCAGCAACUCCAGCAGCAGCAGGAACUCCAGCGCCGGCAAGAGCUACAACAGCAGCAACAGCAGCAGCAGCAACAACAACAGCAGCAACAACAACUCUACGGUCAGCAAUCGCAUUCAAAUUCACAUUCAAGUUCCAUUAGUUCAUCGCCUCAGCAUUCGGCUGUGGGCAGUCCAAACUCGCCCACCUCGGUGUCGUCAUCAGUGAUGUCGUCAUCGGGCUCAAAGGGGGCCCUGGGCCUGGGCAGUAGUAGUAAUGGCCAUUCAGGCGUAGCCAUGCAGCAACAGCAGCAACAACAACAGCAGCGGGAAUCAGCUGGCGGUUAUGCUAUGCAGCCGCCGGCUGCUAUGCCGGGUCUGUUGGUUUGUCCAGGUGGAGGUCCUGGUGGUGGUCCUAAUGGUGGUGGUUGUGGUGGUGGUGGUAACGAUCAAAGCGUCUCAGAGGCCAUUUCGAAUAUAUCUAGUCCCGACUACCAAGACGACGAUAAUUUAUUGAGUUCUCGCGAUAUUUUAGGCGGCAUGGUACUUAGCGAUCCCAGCGAUUCGGAUUCCACCAUUCUCGUCUCGGAUGCGGCCGCACUGCAGCGUCAUCAGCAACAGCAGGCCAAGCAGCAAAUGCGAGCUCAGCAGCAGCAGCAGCAACAACAACAGCAACGCCAGCUGGACCAGCAGAGAGAUCAAAGUGAGCACAAGGUGGUCAUUCAAGUGCGUGGUCUAGACAAUAGCAGUAGUGCGGCUCGAUCCGAUGAUGAUGUGGCCACCUUGACUGACGAACCACUAACGACGACGAUGACAAUGGCAAUGGGUCAUGGUCAUGGUCAGGGUCAGGCUCAGGCUCAAGGCUCUCCCCCCGUUUCGGAUGAUGGCAGUGAUGUGGAAUCGUUACACUCUUAUCACUAUUCUCCUAAGGCUGUGGACAUGCCCUCGGCCAUACGGCUGGCCAAAAGACUGUACUCCCUAGAUGGUUUCAAGAAGAGUGACGUGUCGCGGCAUUUAAGUAAAAACAACGAUUUCAGCCGCGCAGUAGCCGAUGAGUAUCUCAAGCAUUUUAGCUUCGACAAAAAGUCCCUAGAUCAGGCACUUCGGGAAUUUCUGCAGCAGUUUUCGCUAUCUGGUGAGACGCAAGAGCGGGAACGUGUGCUAGUUCAUUUCUCUAAGCGGUAUCUAGACUGCAAUCCGGGCACGUUCAACUCACAGGAUGCCGUUCACACACUAACAUGUGCCAUAAUGCUGCUUAACACGGAUCUACACGGUCAGAAUAUUAAUCGCAAGAUGAGCUGUGCAGAGUUCGUUGACAAUCUGGCCGAUCUCAAUGAUGGCGAGAACUUUCCCAAGGAUGUGCUCAAAUAUUUGUACCAGGCCAUUAAAACGAAACCCUUGGAAUGGGCGCUGGAUGACGAUGCCGGCGAUUUGCAGCAACAACGAGCUAACAAUAGUGCUCUAGCCACUGUUGGGCAGAAUCCAUAUCUCGAUGCACCCGAAUCGGCCACGGCAGUGGAAUACAAGAAGGGUUAUGUGAUGCGAAAAUGUUGCUAUGAUAGCAGCUACAAAAAGACUCCCUUUGGCAAACGAUCAUGGAAGAUGUUCUAUUGCACUUUAAGAGAUUUGGUGUUAUAUCUACACAAGGAUGAACACGGUUUUCGAAAGAGUCAGAUGUCUGACAAUCUGCACAAUGCCAUACGCAUACAUCACGCCCUGGCUACCAAGGCAAACGAUUACACGAAAAAGCAACAUGUUUUCCGUUUGCAAACGGCCGAUCAGGCCGAGUAUCUGUUUCAGACCAGUGAUCCCAAGGAGUUGCAAUCAUGGGUGGAAACUAUUAACUUUGUGUGUGCCGCCAUAUCGGCGCCACCACUCGAGGGUGGAGUGGGUAGCCAAAAACGUUUCCAAAGACCAUUGUUGCCCAGUUCGCAAACGAAACUGUUGAUGAAGGAACAACUCACCUCGCAUGAACAGCAAUUGGCGCAAUUGGAACAGGAGCUGAAUGAACAUAAAAAGGGACCCAUACCAAGCAAGGGAUUGCCACUGCAGAACUACAAGGAAAAGGAAAGCUAUUUGCAAUAUGAACUGCGUCGCUAUCGCACCUAUGUGGGCAUUCUCAGUGCCAAAAUGCUAGCAGAUCAGCAACAGCAAUUGGAAGUCCAAUCCCAACAACCAUUGUCACAAGCCACAUAUGAAGAAGAAGCCGACACAUUCCCUACAACGCCGCAAAGUAUUAACAUUCAACAACAACAGCAACUGCAGCAGCAGCAGCAGCAACAGCAACAACAACAGCCAACGAACAGAAAAGAGAAGAAAAAGAAAUAAGUAAUUGCGCUUUUUCGUUUCGCUAUUGAUUUUGACCAUUUGAUAUCCACCAUAAUACACCACUUCCACCACAAUUAUCCAUACACACGACAUCGCACACUUCCCGGCAAUUUGGCAGUGUCCAUGACAAAAUACUCCAAAAAAAAAAAGAAAAGAAAAACUAAAAAUCUCGAGCUGCCUCCACGACAUCACACUCUUAGAGGCCAGAAUUCUUAGCACACACACACACACACAAUCGCACAACCACCCCCAACAUCGUCCUUCCAAAACACUUAGGAGUUGCGGCUGUGCCGUCUGCUAAUUGAAUUCAGAAUUUAUGUACAUUUUAUCAUUAUAUAUUUAACAAAAAUCAUAAGUUUCUGAGAAAAUUAGACUACAAAUAUGCAAGGAGACAUUUCUUGCAAUCGAAUUUGUUAAAGCGGUCGGGUCGGUUGAUCGGCCGAUCGAUUGGUUGUUCAACAGAUAUAUGUAGGCAGAAUCGGAAAUGCCAUUUAAGAUGUGAAGCAGCGGAAGAGAGCGAAUGAUAUCGACUCGAAUAUCGUUCGUUGGCCAAUAUCGUUCCCCUUAUUUUUUUCUUUUGUUUUGCCAAAGAUAUUCUGCUGAACAACUCGUCGUACGUAUACAAGCGAUCUACUGCAUCUACAUCUAUGAAAAUAUUCGGCUUAUACACAUACUUACAUAUACAUAUUUAUUAAUUAACUACAAUACUUACAUCAUUACCUAUGCUAUCAUUAUAAAUGAUAAAAAAAAAAAACGAAAACAGAAAAGAACAAAAACAAUUCUCCACACAUGCAUUAACUAUAACUAUACAUAUACACAUAUAGAUACAUAUUGAUCAGCAAGAUGAGAAGGAUAUAUCGUUGUAUAUCAACAUUGUGAAGUAUGCAUGUUUUGUUUAUUUGGCCUUUUUGCGAUAAAUUGAUAUAGACAUGUGUUUAAGGCAUAAUUUACUCCAAUAUUAUGUACGAUUUAAUAUUUAUUUAAACAAUAAUUGGUUGAUUUCGCGACAUGCCCACGGUAGCUAGAAUAUAAAAUUGAUUAUAAUUAUUAUGCAAUUAAAGAUUUAAAGAAUAUGGAAAGCGAAAAUGAGAAAAGCAAAGAGACAGAUGGAGAGAGAGAGAGAGAGAGAGAUAGAGAGGAGAGAGGGUGUGAAACAAUAACUUUAAAUACAAAUAUGUAUGCAUAUAUAUAUUAUAUAUUUUUGAAUAUAUUAUUAUAUUUAUAUUGUGUAAUUAUGUAAAUGUAAAACUGUAUAACAUUGUUUGAAAAAUAUCCUGUUUUUACACAAUUCUAAUGAAAACGGCAAUAAAUUUCAAAUAUAUAAAAAAAAAACACAACUGAUGCGAUCAAAAGUUGCUUUUAAACCAAGCGCCUAAAUAUACAUUUAAUACAUUAACUAUUUAUUUAGUUCUGAACA